UUAGUAUGUGGCGUCACAAGAGCGCGAUUGUUUCCUUCAUUUACUGACGAGUUCCACCAGUUAACAGCAGUUUACUUACCAGCCAGCGUGUCGAUGGGAUCAUGCGAGCUCUCUGUGCAAUGCUGUGCCUUGGUCUGGUGGUGGCACUGCAGUCGAAUCAGCAGGUCCACAAAGUGCAUUCGGGCAUCCACGGCCACCAGUGGGUGACGGAGAACUGCAGGCGGCUCUCUAACCUGCUGAGGCAGAAGCAGUCGGCCAUCCGUAAACUGAGCGUGGCCGGCAUGGCACUGGAGCGGGACGAGAUGCUAGCACCGCCGGAGAAGCUGUUCCGCAUUCACACACUGGAGGUGUUUCAGCGCGAGCUGAAUGAGAGCGAACGCUCACUCUUCCAGGCCGUGGAGGGGCUGCAGCGCGUGAUGAAGGGGAACCUCAGAGACGUGGUCAACAUGAAGGACAGCAGCCGGCAGAGACUGCAGGCGCUCAGGGAAGCUGCCAUCAAGGAGGAGCAGGAGUACAUGGAGCUGGUGGCGGCAGAGAAACACCAGCAGGAGGCACUAAAAGUGGCACAGGAUCGGAAUAAAACCCUGUCCAUGCUGGAUGAGAUCCUGGAGGACGUGAGGAAGGCCGCAGACCGUCUGGAGGAGGACAUCGAAGAACACGCCUUCGACAACAACAAACAGAUGAAGGGUGUGAAUGUCGAGGCCGUCCUGAGAGUAGAGGAGGAUGAGGAGAACGGUAAGAGGAAGAAUGAGUCAAGGCAGGUGGACAAAGGCAAUCUGGGGCUCAGCAUGCUGAUCGACUCACAAAACAAUCAGUAUGUGCUGACCAAACCACGUGACUCCACCAUCCCCCGUGCCGACCACCACUUCAUCAAGGAUCUGGUGUACGUGGUCAUGUUGUCUCUACCGUGUGGAUGGCUCUGUACGCUGAUGCGGUUGCCGCCCAUGUUCGGCUAUAUCAUCUGUGGGGUUCUUCUCGGCCCAUCAGGACUCAACAGCAUCAAAUCUAUGGUUCAGGUGGAGACAUUAGGAGAGCUGGGUGUGUUCUUCACUCUUUUUGUGGUUGGUCUGGAUUUUUCACCCGAACGCCUCAAUAAGGUGUGGAAGAUCUCGCUGCAGGGCUCUGUAUAUCUGAGUAUGCUGAUGGUGGCCGCUGGACUGGUCUGGGGUCAGUUGCUCAGCCUUCAUCCCACACAGACUGUCUUCAUCUCCAGCUGUCUAUCUCUCUCCAGCACUCCGCUGGUGUCUCGCUUCCUGGCUGGAGGAUCCAGAGGAGAAUCAAAAGAGGGUGAGCUGGACUACAGCAGUGUUUUGCUGGGCAUGCUUGUCAUGCAGGAUGUGCAGCUUGGCCUGUUCAUCGCUGUGAUGCCCACAUUCAUUCAAGGAGGAAAUGGAGACACGGACAG